AUCCCUUCAUAAGCUGUUUUGUUUGCUGUCUUGCAUUUAUUUCUUUUAUUUUUGCAGUAGGGUUUGCAGCAACAUGAUGUAACUGUUUCUAAGGGUUAGCAGGAUGUGUUUGUUAGCAAAGAAAUGGUCGUACGAAACGAAGAUUUCAUAAGAAAUAUUAUUUAAAAUAUUGAUAAAAUCUUAACACCAGGAAAAUGAAAAGUAUUUAAAAGGGAUUUGUCUUUUAAGUGAGAAGUCACCCAGUCUCCUUGCAAGCGGGAAACAGAAAGAAAUACACUAGUCUCAGCUUUGUCCCUGGCUACAAUCAGUAUUCACAUGAGGACAGCUCUCACAAUGAGCAACAUUUACUUGUACUGGAUAUUGUUUGUGGGUUUGUGGAAGUCUGCAACUUCAUCUGAAAAGUGUGUCAAAAUAGAGGUCGUUGAAGAUUUUGCCAAAGACGGGAUUGUUGUAGUCGAACAGAAUGAUAAUGUCAGCCUUACAUUUGAUGUCAACAUUGACGCUUGUCAGAACAACACACAGAAGCUGGCAUUGUCAUCACGUGAGGGAGAGUUACCAGUCGCUGUAUGCAAGAUUAUUUUCACAAACGGGACAUGUCAUCAACACAUGGCAGGACAACCAUGUUCCUGUGUGAACAGUACCAAGCAUCGUGUUCACUUCCACCAGUCUAUCACUGGGGUGGAUUAUAAAAUCUACGAUUGGACUGCAGCAUCGAACACUUCCGUUAGAGAAAACCUAAUGGAACUUAUCUUUGUGAUUCGAACACACGCGACUGGAAACAACUGCUCGCAGAUUUUCAAUGAAAGCCAGAUGGAAAAUGAGGACAAAGGUGACUGCUACAGACACGUGGUCAUCGCAGUGACAUCGUCUGUUUUUGUUGUUGUUACUCUUGCUGUUGUUGCUGUGCCUCUUGGGUUCCUUCUUAGACGAAAAUGGCGAGAAAGAGAGGCCAGAACAUCAGAAAAAGUCAUUCACCCAUCAGAGGUGAUAUACGCGUCGAAGCCGUCCCUCUUCAAAUGAAUGACACGGCGAUGAAAACAGUCGACAUUACACUACAUUACUACGUCACUUCCUGUUUGAAAACACCAGGAUGUCAGCCGAAACCAGUAACAACGAGGCCCAUCCACACAAAUAUACGGGGUCACAGAAAAUAAUUUCCUCUUCCUUUGCUUCAAGUACAUUCCUUAAGAUGAAAGAUUCUAGUUUUCUCGACAUUUUUUUUUUAAUUCAAAAGAUUGUUCUUUUGAAAUGUAACCUAAAAAUAAAAUAUAUAU